AUGUCUAGCAUUCCGCGGUCAUUUCUCCACUCUCUCCCGGCAGCCCCCUAUAUCGACGUCUCGACGAUCAAAGGCAAUAUCUCGGACGAGGAAAAGCAGCUCGGUGCCAAUAUCUUUUCUUAUUUUGUGAAUAGUCGGGAGGAAUCCUAUGGUGCUGAGGUUGGUAGGCGCUUACGCCUUGUCGAAAUGAAUAUUUGGGGUCGAGAUGCUAGUGGGACUGCUGCCCAGGGACAAACGAUCUUUGAGAUUGAUGUCGAAAAAGACAUGUGUAAUGUCUAUGGGACCUUGCACGGGGCAUGCGCCGCAUAUAUCGUCGACCCGUGUUCUGUGUCCAGCUUGGUAGUUCUAGGCGCUGCUAUCGGAGCUGAUGGAACAGGAGUCUCGCAAUCUCUCAACGUUAUCUGGCACCAGCCGGCUAAAAUGUACGUAUCAUUUUCUCCGAGCUUGGACCGGUUUCCUUGUAGGAGAAACUUAAGGGAGCCUCACAAACUGUAUGUUUCUGCCGUCCAUACGACUGUCAACAAUACGCGCCCUUCCCUGGCUAAAUUAUGA